AAUGAAGAAUUUAUAGAUACCAGUGUUUAAGUGCCACCCUGGUCUUGUUACCUUCAGACGCCAUCACUCACCCGCUUUAGUCCUGGUUCCUGGAGGUGGUGGCUUCACUGAACAGCUAUCCUUUGUCCUUUGCCUCCGGUAAUCUCCGAGCAUGUUAUCUCCGGACCUGCUCACUUUUCGGUACAACAUGUGGACUAGAGUAGCCGACGGGCGAUGGGACUUAACAGCCUCCCCUCCUCAUCAGCUUAUAAACAUCUGGUGCAUCCAAAGACAGGUCGAUUGUACCUAGCAGCUGACUGUCCCCUCUAUCUCCAUCAAAGAGCCAGACAAAACAAGGACAGAAGAAAUUAAGGCGCUGGAACUGUGGAUAUUUUAGAUAUUUCCUUGCCGCUUUCUAGUUUCAAGACCCAUACAGAGGUAAAGCAUUGGGUGCGUCCAGUACAAAGAGGCUGAUGGCAUCUAGCAACUGAUGAUUAUGGCAUCUAUCGUCUAUUCCUAGCGCAGGACAAAAGCAAAAGUAGAAAAAAAAAGGGCAGUGGUGGCAUGGAUAUUUAAGAUAUUGGGUUUUUUUGGAUUGACACCAUUGCAAUUUUGGAACUUUGGAAGAAUAUCGUUACUAUUCGCCUAAUUGGAAGCAACUUGAAAUUUGUCACUGGAACACCAUGGAGUACGUAUCCGAUGGACUCGGGCCCAGCCGCAGGCGUAUACCCCCUGUCCGUUUUUCCGUAUGGCCCAUUUUGCCCCCGGGUCAAGAGGAAAAGGGCGUCGGCCUCCUCUGUCUUCCGCGCCCGACCACUAUUGUAUUCCUCCUCGCCUCACUCUAGGGUUAGGUGCCUCCUCCGCCGUCCAUGCAGACUCCUCCGGCCGCCGUCGACGCCGCAUCCGCCCGCCGUGGAUGCUGGUUCCAGCUCCGCCUCGGCCGUGGACGCCAACUCCUGCUGCAACGUGGACGCCGCAUCUAGGUCCGCCUCCGCCGUCAACGCUGCCUCCAGGUCCGCCUCCACCGUCGACACCGCCUUCUCCUCGGUCAUGGCAGGCACGGGUUCAAGCUGUUCGCAUCAGAGGAAGGCUCUCCCUCUCAUCCAAUGCCCCAAGUGCCACGCGCCGGUUGCUAAGUACAGGAGCAAGAAUGACAACAUCUACUACAGGUGCUCCAACAAGUGCGGUGAGUUCUGGUUCGAGGCUGCAUAUGAGCUGUAUUUGCGCGAUAAUCAUCGACAUCUAUUAGAGAGCUCUGUCGGUUCUGGGCACAUUCAAGAGGUCGAGCAGUCUCCUACGCCUGGUAUUCAAGGACAACAGCAGGUGGUUAGUGGGGAGUUGAGGAUUGUAGCACUUGACUUGAAGAUGCAACUUGGUGACAUCAAAUUGGAGAUUUCCAACCUGAGGAACGAAAUGAAAGAACUAGCAGAUGAGGUCAGGAAGGGUAAUAGUCCAAUUGUGGUGGGCAAUGCAGCUGUUUUUGUUGUGUUUUUGGCAAUGUUAGGUGCUCUCCUAGUGGCAAUGUUUCGAAAGUAAUGAGGAAUGGUCAUGUAAUGUAGCUGUUUUAGCUUAGAGUUUGAACUUCAUGUCAUUUGGUUGUAAUUGGAGCUUGAUUUAUGUGCAAUAUAUGACCAAG